AUGCGGUAUUCUGUAGUGGAAACGGAUUUCGGGGACGAAGAAACGAAGAACUUUGGCAAGCGUGAUGAGUUCGUCAGUUUGACUAGCCUAUAUGAAAUCAAAACAUUGGCUACAAUCUCUGGUGGGACAAGCGAUUUUGAUAACACUGAAAAUGAAGACCCUGCAAGUGAAUGUGUGGCGCCUUCUGUUUUCUCUGAUAGCAAUGAGAAGUGGUUAGCGAUCGCUGUUGGAGAUGACGUUUCCGUUUUUGCUGUCAGCUUCGAUUUACAACAUAUUUUUACGCAGCCAUUCAAAGGUAGGCACUUUUCUGUUCUUUGCUAA